GCGGCGGCGCACCCGUCCAUGAAGGUCAUGGAGAUGCACAGAAGCAGCGCCAGAGCCGCUAGGGUCGCCAUUCCCACCGGCGCCGCCAAGUUGAGCGCUUCGUAUCGUCGUCUCCUGCGCGCAUCCGUCCACUUCUUCGUUUCCCAGCUUUUGGCCCAGCUGGGUCUGUACAAGAGCAAGGAGGAGGCCGCCAGGCAAGAAGAGGUGCUGGGGAAGCUUGACAAGAUUGUGAAAGAGUGGGUUAAGGAGUUGGCUAUUCAGAGAGGCCAAGUCAACGCAAAUGUCGUGCUUUUCACCUUCGGGUCAUACCAUCUAGGGGACAACAAGUUCAUCUGCGGCAGCUAUCACUGUGAGCAGUCCGUCUGCAACGUGCUCCGCAGCGUCUUCGCGGUCACAACGAGAUCCUCAACGUCUGCAAGUAAGUCGUCGGCCAUCUGUUUCCUGAUGAAUUUUCUUUCUAGCUCAAUGUGA